AUGACAAUGGAUUUUGAAGUUGGUACUGUUGUUUAUGCCAAACUCAGAGGAUAUCCUUGUGGAUGGGUUAAUAAAGAUGAUUUAAAACCAUUUGUUCAAAAUGAGGCUGAAGAAUCGUUGGAAAAAAUGAAGAAUUCUAAACGGACAAAUAAAUUAUUAGAAAAAUCAAUUCGUGAUGCAUUUGACCCGUCGUCUCUUGAUGAAGAUAAUAGUAGUAUGGACACUGACGACUUCAAUCAUGAUAACGAAUCAUCGCCUAACAAUGAAAAUGAUGAAGAAAAUAGCAACAAAUCAUCACUAUCAUCAUCUACCGCACCAAAAACAACUGCAACAGUAAGAAAUAAAGCUCAAAGUAAAGGGAGAAAAAUUACCAAAAUAUCUUCCGCCACCGCCACCACUAACGUGCGCAAGAGAAAAGGAAGGCAACCUUCCGAGACUUCUAACGAUUUAAAUAACGGCGGAAAAAGUGAAGCAAAUAGUAUGGAUGUAGAUGAAAAUAAUGUUAAAACUGAAAAAAGUACUAAUGUUGCUCAAGAAGCCAACGAUUCAAGCGAACAUCAGGCAGAAUCAUCUGCUCAUGAUCAUUCUAGUCCAAUCGAAAAUCAAGAAUCAUCUACCGCUAGAUCAAACAAAUCAUUAGAACACGAAAAACUUGAGAAAAAAUUGCUACGCUUAAGACGUAGAUUACAAAGAUUGGUACUUAAGGAUGAAGGGAUUGAGCCUCAAGAUGUUGAGAAAGUCAAUGAAAUAUUCGAGGAAAUCGAAAAAUUCCCCGUUUCUGUUCCGAUGUUGAGGGGCACUAAAGUGGUUUCAGUGAUGUUUGGAUUGUUUACUAGUCUUCUUAGGCUAAAGAGAGGCUUAGCUAGAAAUGCAAUUCCGAGUUUUUUGUGGACUGAAGAUGGUGAUUUUGAUGAAACGAUCUUUAAGAUACUUUAUAGUAACAACUAUAUAGGGAAAAUGUUUUCAGAUUUGCGACAUUAUCCAAGCAAUGGGGCAUUUGCCCUUGAGAAAGAUUCAUGUGUUGACAAUUAA